UGAUUCUAUUUGAAGUCUGAGCUUGUGGUCACCCUCACGCGGAUAAACUGAGUGAAGAUUAGAUACAUACAUAGCUGUUCUUUAUCUUUGUCAAGAUUUUCAUACUCUUCAAAUAUUUAUUUCCCCUUUGAUCUUUAAUGCUACAUGGUUUCCCCCCUACCCAGUUUGUUUAAUCUGUGUGCUUUUUUGAGUCACUAUAAUCCUCCACAUCUUAGAUAGAAUAGAAGGUUCAAAUAAGCUCUCUGCAUUUGGCACUUAUCCAUGACCUUGUAACCUUUUUCUGUCUCUCAACCCUGCAAAACAAACUCUCUGAAAUUGUUUGUAGAUGUGAUUUUGGUGUGUUAUGACUAAAAUCCAUAUCAAGGUCUGAAAAAAGCAUAUCCAAACUUUUUGUCCGCAUUCUACUUUGUGUUCAGUGGGGGUUCCUUUUUGCCACUUCACAUCCUUCAAAAGCUAACAACCGUUUGAUCUUAGUAUACCAACCACACCCUUAAGCCUUUGAAUGCCAUUUUCCACUCAUAUCUUAAUUAACUUGACACCUCUCUUCCUAAAAACCACAUACAAAGCCUCAACCCCUUCAAAGGUUUCCACAGAACUGUCAUAAAGUGUUUGAAAUUUGAGUCUUUUUAAGGCAUAGAAAAGGAUGCAAGACCCAACGGCAUUCCAUCCCAUGAAGCCCCAAUUCCCUGAACAAGAACAACUCAAAUGCCCACGUUGUGAAUCCACAAACACCAAAUUCUGCUACUACAACAACUACAACCUCUCACAGCCACGCCAUUUCUGCAAGAACUGUAGAAGGUAUUGGACAAAAGGUGGUGCUUUGAGAAACAUCCCAGUUGGGGGUGGAAGCAGAAAGAGCACAAAACGUUCAUCAACCUCCAAACGCGCCACACCAUCAUCAUCAUCAUCACUCUCUUCUGCAGCCCAACCUGGAGCUCCAGAGGCUGACCCGACCCGGGUUUACACCAACCCGGUUGAUCAAGACCAAAGGGUGUUAAGCAUUGGUGGGAGUUUCAGUUCCCUUUUGGCAUCGAAUGGGCAUUUUGGGGGCCUUUUAGAGGGCCUGAAUUCAAAUGGGUCAAGUCUAAAAAUGGUGCAAAUGGGUGAAUUUGGGGAGGAUGUGAGUUGUGACCCAGUUGUGAAUACGGAUUCGGGUCCAAAUCAGAUGCAGAGUAAUGGCAGCUCAGAGAGCUUUCUGGGCAUGCAAAAUGGUGAUUCAAGCUGUUGGAAUGGUAGCCAUGGUUGGUCUGAUCUUGCAAUAUACACACCUGGCUCCAGCUUUCAGUAA